GUUCAUUUCAUUCCGGAUAAUUUAGACUUUUGUUUUUAACUUAUCUAUAAAAAUUAAAAUCUAAAAGCUGGUUUGUUGUUGCGUGUCUGAUUCAUCGUCUUUUUCGUCGUCGACAAUUGAAAACGCGAACCGUUGAUUGAAUACGAUGAUAGCGAAAUCGAAGCAGGUGAUGAUACUAUGGCUUGAAGGUUUCCAAGAAGCUUGUUCCCUUCACCGUGUUGUCAUUCUCUGCCACAGGUCGAGAAAGCUCAUAUUGCGAACAGGACAGUGUUUUCUUUUAAAUGGUUUGAUUUUCUUAGGAAGUUUAGGUGUGUUUAAGUGGUUUAUUGAUCCAGCUCUUCAAUGGAUAUUACCUGAUCAAUGCUCUCUUGUGACUUCUCAAGAAUUUUGUUCAUAUGGUGGGUUUUAUGCCUUUCUACGUGGUGGACUUUUGCAGCUCUUUUAUGUGUUUUGGUUCUAUCCUCUGUACAUGCUCUGCUUCAUCUUGAGUAACAUCUGGUAUAACGAUAUUGCAAAGCAUGGAUUCGAGGCAAUCGAGGAAUCUGAAUUAAGCUCAGCAGAAGCUAAAAGAGAAGGUGAAGCUCCGGCUUCAGUGAACGUUGCAAAUGCUGAGAGGCCUUCUGGUCUUGGAGGGGUGAUGAUCAGUAUAGGCGAACAAGUGUAUUCGAUACUACUACUGACGUUUUUCUUCCUGGAGGUUUAUCUUGUUGGUGUUAUACCAUACAUUGGGAAGAUACUGAAUUUUUUACUUCUUUCGUGGAUGUACGCCUACUAUUGUUACGAAUAUAAGUGGAACUUCUCAGGGAUUCCUCUAAAGAAAAGGCUUGACUUCUUCGAAUCUAAUUGGGCAUUCUUUACUGGUUUUGGAAGCCCUUGCGUGUUGGCCAUUUUCUUUCUAUCUCCUCUUGUGAGCGGAGCACUUAUGGCCAUCCUGUUUCCAUUGUUUGUUUUAACUGCUACAGGAUCAGGACCUGAGAAAGCUAUAAUGGCGCCGAGAAGAACGUGGAAAUGCGCAGGUUUAGGGAGGUUUCCAAUAUUCUAUGCUGCUAACACUCUCUCGAUGUUGGCUCUGUCCAUCUUCCGGCUGGAGUCUCCGCACCAGAUGUAACAUGAUGAGAAGGCUGAAGAUGAAACAUUAAUUAGCUGCAUCACUCAAAUCUUCGAGGUUAUGUGUAUCUGUUUCGAUACAGUUUGUCUUCUUGGUGAUUAUCAAGAACUGACUCUUGUUUCGGAUGGAGUCACAUUCUUGGCUUUGAUUAUGGUUAUUUGACAACCCAUGCUCAUGGUCGAUAUGCAAAGCAACAGAUAUGAAGAAAGGAGAUUCGUGUUAGAAAAGUCGAGUUUGAUUGUAAAUAAUUGUAAACACACUUCGUUCAGCUCUGAUUCUGACAGUGAUGAGUUGUGUACUGAUAACAAUAAAACAACUUGAAAUUUAAUCAAAAAAUAUAUUUAAGAUAAACAAAAACAAA